CUGAGAAAUUCCUUGUCUGAUGAAUGAGGAAAUGUUUGGAAAACAACAAAGUCUCCAUUGUUUUUCUUCACAUUCGUCUAACCGAAACGCUCUACGUUUCACUCAGAAAAUCUCCAUGUGUUCCUUGGAUUACAUGGACAGGUCAGAUACUUUCUGCUCUUUGAGAAACUGAGAAGGUGUUUUCUAGAUAGAAAGGCGAAGAACUACCACCUCACCUUUCACCAUGUCACACGGAGCUGCUCUACCCGUUUAAAGGAACCUGUUUCAACCAGUAAGCAAGGUGUUCACUGUGACAGGCUUUCACUUACACUCUUGGUUGGUCUGAGGUGAUUCUCAUGGAAAAGGCAAAGAUGAAUGUUGGUGAAGGUGAUCCAACCAUGAGUUUGUCUCAAGAAAAAAGAAAGAUAAGUUUAUCUGUGACCGAUGGCUUGACUGAGGACCAUAUCAAGAAGAACAGACAUGAGAGCUCUGAUCAGAAAAGAUGUCCCUCUCCAGGCUGUGAGUCAGUAAACAGUGAAAAGUCCAGGGAUUAUCCUCUCGAGUUCAAAAACUCUAAUCAAGGAAGAUGUUCGUCCCCAAGCUGUGAAUCCAUGAAAAGUGACAAAUCCAGGGAUUAUCCUCUUGAGUUUAAACAGUCUGAUCAGGGAAGAUGUCCCUCUCCAAGCUGUGAAUCCAUGAAAAGUGACAAAUCUAGAGAUUAUCCCCUCGAGUUCAAACAGUCUGACCAGGGAAGAUGUCCGUCCCCAAGUGGUGUGUCCAUAAAAAGUGACAAAUCAAGGGAUUAUCCUCUUGAGUUCAAACAGACUCCAAGAGGUCCCUCUCUAAGCUGUGAAUCCAUAAUAAGUGACAAAUCUAGAGAUUAUCCUCUUGAGUUCAAACACUCUGACCAAAGAAGAUGUUGUCCCUCUCCAAGCUGUGAGUCACUAAAAAGUGACAAAUCUCGGGAUUAUUCUCUUGAGUUUAAGCAAAGCUACCAGGAAACAGCAGAGCAUUUUACAGUUCCUCAACAAAACCUGGUUCCAAUAUUUAAGAUCCUCGAGGAGAGCAUUGUUGCUUUUAUAAAGAAUGAGCUGAAGAACUUCCAAAAGCAACAAGAUCACAAAGGAACAUGUCUGAGCCGAGAGGAGGAUGCAGAUGAGAAGAGGAGCAGCAAAGAUGCUUUUCUUGCCAUCGCUCUGCAGUUUCUAAAAAGGAUGAAACAUGGGGAUGUGGAUUCCUCUCUGAUGAACAGUUCUGUGGUGAGUCAGGGUGAGGUGAAGAAACAAGCUCACCUCCCUGGAAAUGAUGAACUUUCUGCAGAACAUGACAUCCAGGCAAGACCUGAGCGAGUUCACCAGAAACCGUUAGAGGACUUCAUCACUCAUCAAACAAACCUCAAGAUUCUUGAAGAUGAUAUUUUACACUUUGCACAAAAUGAGCUGCAAACUUUCUGUAAGAUUUUAAGUCAAGAUUUCUCUGAAUCCUCUGAGAGUCAAGAGGUGGAAGUGGAUCCCCAUGAAGACGAGAACGAAAAGAUAAUCAUCAAAAAGGCUUUUUUGAAAAUCACUCUGGAUUUUAUGAGGAACAUGAAGCAGGAGGAGCUUGCUCACACUCUGCUAAACAAGAGUGUUAUAACCAUGUGUCAGCAUACACUCAAAUCUAACCUGAAGAAUAGGUUUGGUUACGUGUUUGAAGGAUUGGACAAGGCAGGAAAUUCAACGCUUCUGAACCGGAUCUACACCGAGCUUUACAUCACUGAAGGAACCCCUGCUGAGGUCAGCUGUAAACAUGAAGUGAAGCUGAUCGAAAGGGCAUUCUUGCGCCCAACUAAACCAGAAUUAACAAUUAGACGUGAAGACAUCUUCAAAUGCUCAACAGGAAGAGAUAAACCAGUCAGAACAGUGAUGACAGAGGGAGUAGCUGGCAUAGGGAAAACAGUCUUGACAAAAAAGUUUGCACUGGACUGGGCUGAAGGAAACAUUUACCAGCACAUCCAGUUCAUUUUUCCAUUGUCCUUCAGAGAACUAAACAUGUUGAUGAGGGAAAAGUUCAGUUUGGUUGAACUUAUUCAUCUCCUCUUUCCUGAAAUCAAAGAAGCUGGAAUUCACAUCUUUGAAGAGUUCAGAGUUUUGUUCAUCUUUGAUGGUCUGGAUGAGUGUCGAUUUGAUCUGGAUCUGAAAACCAAAGAGGUCCUGACUGAUGUUACAGAGCCAGCAUCGUUAGAUGUUAUACUAACAAACCUUAUGAAGGGGAAAUUACUUCCUUCAGCUCAAGUCUGGAUCACAACUCGACCUGCAGCGGCCCAUCAGAUCCCUCCUGAGCUUGUUGACCUGGUGACUGAAGUCAGAGGAUUCAAUGACCCUCAGAAGGAGGAGUACUUCAGAAAGAGAUUCACAGAGAAAGAGGAAAGCAGAAGGAUAAUUUCUCACAUCAACUCAUCAAGAAGCAUCUUCAUAAUGUGUCAUAUUCCUGUCUUCUGCUGGAUCACUGCCACUGUUCUGGAGGACGCCAUUAAAACCAAUCAGGAAAGAGACUUGCCCAAGUCCCUGACAGAGAUGUACGUCUAUUUCCUGGUGGUUCUGUCCAAAGUAAAAAAUAUCAAAUAUGACGGAAGAACAGACAUCGAUACCUUCUGGACUCCAGAGACCAAGGACACAAUUCAGUCAUUGGGAAAACUGGCCUUUGAGCAGUUAAUGAAAGGCAACCUGUUCUUCUAUGAAUCUGACCUGACAGAGUGUGGCAUCGAUGUCAGAGCAGCCUCAGUGUAUUCAGGGGUGUUCACAGAGAUCUUUCAGGAGGAGAGAGGACUGUUUCAUGAGAAUGUCUUCUGCUUUGUCCACUUGAGCAUUCAGGAGUUUUUGGCUGCUCUUCACGUCCAUCUGACAUUCACCAACACCGGAAUCAAUCUGCUGGCAGGAGAGGAAUCAGCUUCGACCACCUUUGAGGAUUUCCAUCAGUGUGCUGUAGACAAAGCUGUACAGAGUCCAAAUGGACAUCUGGACCUGUUCCUCCGCUUCCUCCUGGGUCUCUCUCUGGAAACCAAUCAAACUUUCCUCCAAGGCCUCAUUACAGUAAAGGGAUCAGAAAGUAGCUCCAGUCAGAACACCGUACAGUACAUCAAGAAGAAGAUUGGGGAAAACGUCUGUAUUAUGAAGAACAACAACCUAUUUCACUGCCUGAGCGAACUGAAAGACUGUUCGCUAGUAAAAGAGAUCCAAGCGAUUCUGAGACCUGGGAAGCUGCCGGCGGACAAACUGCCACCUGCCAAGUGGGCAACGCUGGUCAACAUCAUCUUGUCUUCAAAGGAAAAGCUGGACGAGUUUUACCUGAAUAAAUACUUUGAAUCAGACAAUGCUGCAACUGGCCUGCUAACAGUGAUGGUAAACUCCACUAAGGCUGUGUUGAGUUGCUGUAAUCUGACAGACAUGAGCUGCAGUGGUUUAGCUUCUGCUCUCCAGUCCAAAUGCUUAUUGCUGAAGGAAUUGGAUCUCAGUAACAACGACCUGAAAGACUCAGGAGUGAAGCUGCUGUGUGAAGGCCUGCGUAGUCCUCACUGCACACUGGAAACCCUCAGCCUUUCAGGCUGUCUGAUCACAAAGGAAGGAUGUGCAGAUCUGGUUUCAUCCCUGAGGUUAAAUCCCAGCCACUUGAAAAAGUUGGAUGUGAGCUACAACCAUCUGGAAGAAUGUGGAGUGAAGCAUUUUUCUACAGGACAGAAGGACUUAAAGCUGGCAUUGCAGACUCUCACGUUUGAGCCAAGUGGAUCACAGUUCUUAAAACCUGGUCUGAGGAAGUAUGCCUGUGAACUCAGGCUGGACCCCAGCAGCACUCAUAAAAACCUAAUACUGUCGGAUAACAACAGAAAAGUGACAGUGGGAGGAGAGCAGCAGCCUUAUCCUGACCAUCCAGAGAGGUUUGAUGUCCUGGAACAGCUGAUGUGUGCAGACGGUCUUACUGGCCGCUGUUACUGGGAGGUUGAGUGGAGAGGAAAAGUUCACAUUGCAGUGACAUACAGAGGAAUCAAGAGAAAAGGAGAAAAUGAUGACUGCAGUCUUGGGAAGAAUGAUGAGUCCUGGAGCUUGCUGUGCUCUGAUGAUGGUCACUCUGGCCUGCACAAAAAUGAAAUGGCUUCCAUCUAUGGAGCGCUGUCAAACAGAGUAGGAGUUUAUCUGGACUGGCCUGGUGGCAUUUUGUCCUUCUUUGCAGUGUCGUCUGGAAAAAUGACCCACCUUCAUACAUUCCACGCCAAGUUCACAGAGCCGGUGUACCCAGCUUUCAGGAUUACCACUCAGCCAACUGGUUCAUCUUUGUUUUUCAGCCACAUUUUGUAAAUUUGUUAUAGAUUCCGCAUGUGAACAUUUGAGAGAAUUGUCUGUUACAGCCAGAGUGAACAGCUCUGAAAUCCUCUACACUUUAAAACAAACAUAACUUAAUUCAUUCUGAUCAACUUGUUGUUUGUACUUAAUGGGGUCAUUAAGAGCUGAAAGAGCUGCAAGGUCUUUCAGGUCUGAUUAGUGCACAGAGUUAAAUUUGAUAGCAGGAAGUAGUCCUGGUCACAUCGGGUCAUAUAGAGAGAGGUUGACUUAACAAAAAUAUAGCACUGCAUUCUCUUUCUUCCCCAGCUAUGUAAAGUUAAUGUAGAAAAAAACUUUUUUUGAGGGGGGAACUCUGUCUUUUUUACACUUCAGGACUUUCAGCAAGAUUGCAAAUAUUUAGAUUUUUGUCUUGAUAUGUGUUUUGGUUUCACGUUGCUAGUAAGAAAAUCACACAAUAAAAAAAAUUGUCAUGUUCCGAACAAAAUAUUUAUCUUUUUGAUGUAAAUUUUACAGAUUGAACAUUUAGUUUAAUUAAACACAAAAGUUAAGUUAAUCUGUUGAUUUGAGAUUAAUAACGAUGACUUGAUUUUCAAUAAGCAGAGAAAAAUUCAAGUCAUUAAAGAUGAUCCCAAGAUUUAAUGGAUGUAUGAAAAGACUUUCAAUUUAAGAAAUAAACACUUCCACAGAUCCAUGUAA